UACUCGUGUGUGUCUGGAGUCAUGGGGAAACAAAUCUCUAACGCACAAUAGCAACGCUAUCUUUGUGGACUACAGUCGCAAAAGGACGUCGUUUUGAUAUUGCGCUGGAUUCAUAACAACAGGAGUACAUUGGAACACUAUUUCGAUCUGUAUAUGAAUAUAGGAAUUUGUCUUGUCGUUCAACAGAAGACGAAACAGUAAAAUCCAAAAGGUGUUCUCUGAGGAGAGCGAGUGACACAGAGGGCAAAGAGAAGAAGAGCACAUGGACAGAGCCUAACAAGAGGCCUAAUUUUCCAGUGGCUGUUUCUUACACUUUCGCUCGCACUGUCACACUCCAUCUGGCUUCAUGUGUGCAGCCAAGUCUGUUUCAUAACAACCAGUCUUGUCUGUUUUUCUGAGCCGAGCAACAUUUUCUCUGGUUGGCAAAAUAACUUCCAUUCGAUUUGAGUUUAAACUGCUUCCAGUCGAAGGAGCCAAGUCAAAGAACGGGGUGGCGAGACACCCGGAUACGCCAUGAUUCCUAUUUAUUUGAUCAAUUGCACCAAGAUGAUUUCCCACUGCAGUUCAGGAAGUCCAACUUAGUGAACUUAUUCAACUCUGUGUAAUCCAUUGUCAGGUGGAAAUCAUCACCUUGGCAACCGCGUGUUCUUACAGUAUUAUUAUGAGUGAUGACAACUCAGACUCCGCCCCCAGCAAUGAUGCAGACAGCGGAGCAGGAGGGAUGGAGAAAAAGGCAGGGCGAUCCUGCGGCAUGAGCGAGAGCUCGCCCUCGUCUAAUCCAGAGAGUAGUGGGUCAGGAGGGCUGUCUGGUCCCAAAGGAUCUGCAGGUGACAACCGAGGGGUGAAUUCUGAUGAUACAGAUGGACUGUCCAGUGGAAAUGACUCUGGGGAGAGGGAAAGUGAAGGAGGGAUGCAGAGAGGGGGCGGAUCCAGAGGGAGACAGUCAAACAGAAGUUACCAGAGCUCCUCCAGCCAGAAUGGGAAAGACUCUGCCAUGUGUCUGGAGACAACGGAGAGCAACAAGAGCUCAAACUCUCACAGCCCCUCUCCACCCAGCAGCUCUCUGGCGUACAGUCUGCUGAGUGCCAGCUCUGAGCAGGACCCACCGUCCACCAGCGGCUGCAGCAGUGAUCAGUCUGCCCGCGUCCAGACCCAGAAAGAGCUGAUGAGAGCCUUGAACGAGCUGAAGAUCCGUCUGCCACCAGAGAGGAAGAUGAAGGGACGCUCCAGCACCCUGAAUGCCCUCAAAUACGCCCUCAGCUGUGUCAGACAAGUCAGAGCCAAUCAGGAGUAUUACCACCAGUGGAAUGUAGAGGAGUGCCAUGGCUGUAGUCUGGAUCUCUCCACCUUCACUGUUGAAGAACUGGACAAUAUCACCUCAGAAUACACACUCAAAAACACAGAUACAUUUUCCAUGGCGGUGUCGUUCCUGUCAGGGAAGGUUGUGUACAUCUCUCCGCAAGGCUCAUCUCUUCUGCGCAGUAAGCCAGAGAAGCUGCACGGGGUGUUGUUUUCGGAGCUGCUGGCACCCCAAGACGUGAGCACCUUCUACAGCAACACAGCACCCUGCAAACUGCCAGCGUGGGCCUCCUGCAUCGGCUCUGUUUCUCCACCAAUGGAGUGCACCCAAGAGAAGUCCAUGUUUUGUCGCAUCAGUGGAGAUGUCUCGUCCAGCAGUGAUGUGAAGUACUACCCUUUCAGACUGACCCCAUACCUGCUGACCCUCAGAGACUCCGACAUGGCUUUCCCUCAGCCCUGCUGUCUGCUCAUCGCCGAGAGAGUGCACUCGGGAUAUGAGGCCCCUCGCAUUCCUCCAGAUAAGAGGAUAUUUACCACCAGUCACACCCCCAGCUGUCUUUUCCAGGAGGUGGAUGAGCGGGCAGUGCCUCUGUUAGGAUACCUGCCUCAGGACCUGGUGGGAACGCCGGUCUUGCUGUGCAUUCAUCCAGAUGACAGACCCAUCAUGGUGGCCAUCCAUAAGAAGAUUCUUCAGUUUGCUGGGCAGCCGUUCGAGCACUCUCCCUUGCGGAUGUGUGCGCGAAAUGGAGAGUAUAUGACUAUAGACACCUCAUGGUCCUCCUUCAUCAACCCCUGGAGCAGGAAAGUGGCCUUCAUUGUUGGACGCCAUAAAGUCAGAACCUCUCCACUGAACGAGGACGUGUUCACGCCGCCACGUGGUCUGGAAGAGCGAGCCCUGACUCCAGACAUCGUUCAGCUCAGUGAACAGAUCCACAGGCUCCUGGUUCAGCCCGUCCACUGCGGCAGCUCUCAGGGCUACGGCAGUCUGGCCAGUAACGGUUCCCACGAGCAUCAGCCCAGCGCAGCCUCUUCAUCAGACAGCAGUGGGCCUGGGCUGGAGGACCCCUCGCAGCUACACAAACCUAUGACCUUCCAGCAAAUCUGCAAAGAUGUUCACAUGGUCAAGACCAGUGGACAGCAAGUUUUCAUUGAUUCCCGCAACCGACCUCCUCUUAAAAAACAUUCCACUGCAGGUGCUCUGCAAGCAGGCGGAGCCGCAGAAGUGUGUAGAAGUCUGGUUCCCAGUGCUGCUCCACCUUCAAAGAGCUCCGCACCAUCAGUUAUCGUGCAAAAAGAGCCGCCAACCACAUAUUCAUACCAGCAGAUCAACUGUUUGGACAGCAUCAUAAGGUAUCUGGAGAGCUGUAACGUCCCAAACACGGUCAAGAGGAAGUGUGGCUCCUCCUCCUGCACCGCAUCCUCCACGUCGGAUGAUGACAAACAACAGGAAGCUCCAUGCAAUGCUAAAGGUCCGUCUGUGUCUCUGGUAGGCGAUAGCGCUUUGUUACCUCCGCUGGCCUUGCACAACAAAGCUGAGAGUGUCGCCUCUGUCACUUCCCAGUGCAGUUUCAGCAGCACCAUCGUCCACGUUGGGGACAAGAAACCUCCUGAGUCAGAUAUCGUAAUGGAGGAAGCUCCUCCCACUCCAAAUGCUGCUCCGCCUGUCUCUCAGCCUCAAGCUCCUCCCAUGGCCACACCCUCUCUGCCCCUUAGCCCUGCUCCUGAUAGGGAUGCUGGGAGAAGAGGAGGACCAGGGGCUUCUGCAGGAGGAGAAAGGUUGGGUCUCACAAAAGAAGUUCUGUCAGCUCACACACAACAAGAGGAGCAGAACUUCAUGUGCCGAUUUGGAGAUCUGAGCAAACUCAGAGUCUUUGACCCAACUUCAGCUGUCCGCCGACGACCAAAUGCACCCUUAUCAAGAGGUGUGCGCUGCUCUCGUGAUUACCCAGCAGCCGGCAGCAGUGGGCGCAGACGUGGCCGAGGAGGCAAAAGACUGAAGCAUCAGGAAUCUUCAGAGCAAACAGGUUCUCGUAGUCCAGCCGGACCAAUAAGAGGCCUCCUUCCUGGAGUUCCCGCUCUGGGCAGACCCUCUAACCCCUCCAUACCCAUGGGUCCUACAGCCAGCUCCUCGUCCUGGCCCACAUCAGGGUCACAAGCCAGCGUUCCCACUGUCCCAUACCCACCCACCGUCCUUCCUUUAUAUCCAGUCUAUCCCCCAAUCUCCCAUCCUGUCUCAGACCCCAGCAUGCAGUCUGGCCUCCGCUUCCCCCUUCAGAACUCACAAAUGGUGCCUCCGAUGGUCCCUCCAAUGAUGGCAUUGGUAUUACCCAACUACAUGUUCCCACAGCCCAGCGUAGGCAUGGCUCAGCCAUUCUUCAGCCCAAACUCAGCUUUCCCCUUUACAGCUGCCAACACGGGCUCACCUGCUCCCUGUCAGAUCCCGACCCCAAUCCCACGCGCUCUCUCUCGCUCCAGCACGCCUCACUCCUAUAGCCAAAGAGAAAACGGUGCAGAGAGAGAAGGAGCAGAGUCUCCCCUCUUUCAGUCCAGAUGCUCAUCGCCCUUAAAUCUGCUGCAGCUGGAGGAGUCGCCAAGCAAUCGGUUCGAGGUGGCAUCAGGACAGCAGACAACAUCUCCUAUGGUGGGACAAGGAGGUGGAGCAGGAGGACAGGCUUCCUCUAACCAGAGAGGGUCAACGGUGGAUUCAAAAACAAACGAAAAUGGUGAAACGAAUGAGUCAAAUCAAGACGCCAUGUCCACCUCCAGUGAUCUGCUGGACCUGCUGUUACAGGAGGACUCCCGCUCAGGCACUGGCUCGGCUGCCUCAGGCUCAGGUUCUUCAGGCACAGGGUCCUCAGGCUCGGGCUCAGGCUCCUCUGGAUCCGGCUCCAAUGGCUGCAGCUCUUCCGGAAGUGGAACUAGAAGCAGUCAGAGCAGCAAUACCAGCAAAUACUUUGGCAGCGUGGACUCGUCAGAGAACAGUCAUUCCCGCAAGCAGACAGCAGAGGGUGAUGGAGAGGCGCAGUUCAUCAAAUGUGUCCUGCAGGACCCCAUCUGGCUCCUCAUGGCCAACACGGAUGAAAAAACUAUGAUGACCUACCAGCUGCCAAUACGAGACAGAGAUUCGGUGUUGAAAGAGGACCGAGCUGCACUGAGAGCCAUGCAGAAACAUCAGCCUCGCUUCACUGAGGAGCAGAAGAGCGAGUUGAGUCAGGUUCACCCAUGGAUCCGCACCGGACGCCUUCCUCGUGCCAUCAACAUUUCAGCAUGUGCAGGCUGUAGAUCCUCUCCUUCAGUCCCCUCUGCGACACCUUUCGAUGUGGAGAUUCACGAGAUGGAGUUCUGCAGUGUUUUAGAGGUGGCGGAAGAGAAACAACCCCCUGCAGAUACAGUUAUGGAGAAAAGCGAAACUCAUGGACAAAGUGAGACAUGCAAAGAGAACAAUGGGACUGUUACGACAGCACAAAUCAUUGACCAAGAAAUGCUGACGGAAGAACAGGAAAUGACCUCGCAGAUCGAGGAAGAAAUGGGUGCCUCACAUACACAGAUGACACACUAAAGACACUGCGAUGCCAGUGACAUCAUUUGUGUACUCGUUAAAUUGUCCUGUUGUAUUUAUUUUUAUACACGAAUGCUAAUAAGCCAGGAAGGCUGACAGAUGAUGAAUGUAAAGCAGAAGUGCUUUUCGAAAGACUGUGAUGUCACAAUUUUUGGCUACCACGAAGAGACUGUGAUCUGUUAGCAAGAUUUGGGUGGGAAAUAUGGAAUACUUCGCUUUAGCCCACUCUGGAUUUGACCUCAAGACGCCACCUGUUCAGUUCCAUCUCUAGAGACCUGCAGAAACCCGUUUUGUGGCGUCCUGUUUCAGAUGUUUUCAAUGGGAAAAGGAGUGUUCACAGCUAGAGCGAUAACUAUGAUGAUAACUAUAAGGUUUUAUGAAUCAUUCAAAGUCUUGGAGAAUAUGAUAUUCUCCAUCAAAACUAUAACAAUAAUAACCAAACGAACAAUAGUGGAGUUAUUUUCCACAUGGUUUUGGUUAUUUCAACAAUUGAAGGCAAUUGGAAAUCGGCAAAUUCAGAAAUUUGUGUUACUGGCGACACAAGUGGUCAUUAAGGGAACUGCAGCCUUGUGCACAUAUAAUUAAAAAAACGUCUAAAAUUGUUUUUAGAUAAAUAUGUUUACACUCAAUAACAAAACAAACGCAUAACACAAACGAAAGCUGUGAGCAAACAUGAUCAUAGCAAUAUUGAUAUGUUUGCACCAGCUUUGCAUUUAAUGUGAACAGAUGAAGUAUAAUUGAGAUUAUAGUAUAUAUAGUACCAAUAUGGACCCUUCAGGUACAAAUGUGUAGAAUGUCACAUUCUUUCAAUAUUUUAUUAUGUUUUUAUUAAUUUCAGGCCAAAUUUUCUUGACGCGUAAAUCAACCUAUAAAUGUUUUCAUAGCUGUUUAAAUAAAACACUAAACAAAUUCUUAUUUGUAACACCGUUAAGAGAUAAGCACUUUUAAUAAAAUGAGCUUCAUUAUCUAUUAUUACUUAAUAAUAAAACAAGCAUUAGCAUCCAUUGAUUAUGGAUGUUAAUGAAGUUAUCGAUAUAGGUAUCCCCCUUGGUGUGAAUGGACCUUCAAACUCUGUAACGUGGAGCUGAUUUAAGUGUUGUGAGACGUGUCCUUAAACAGCAGAACAGAUUCACUGCCUUUGAGGAGUCUAACUGUUCCUCGCCUUGUGCUUUUUGACAUUUCCCGAAAAGUGAUGGAAAUGUAUUUUUUUUUACAGUUAUAAAAAGGAUUUUAUGACCAAAUUUUUCAUCAUUUUGUUUUAUUUUUGUCUUUCUGUAUAUUUUUUAUACAUUUUUUGAUGCAGAAUUGUUAAAGCUUGGAUGAAAUGCAUUGUGGCUCCUGUUACAGUUCACUUUCACCUCUAGAUCACAUUUAGACCACCACAACCGUCAACUUUUCAAUGAGUAUUUGUAGCUCAAGGCGUCUUGUAAAGUAACAAAGAUGGAAAGAGGUGGAAAGAAUGGAGGAUUUGCAUGGUAUACUGUGUGAAAACUACCAUCAAAGUGAACCGGGUUUAAAGGAACAUUUCACCCAAAAAAAAGUUUGCAGAAGAUGCAUCAUUUUUGGGGGGUGAACUGUGUCUUUAAGCGAUACAUGUACAUUAAGUCGGAUGCACUUUCCUCUCGUUUGACUUUUUCCUCUGUGUCAGCUUCAGUCAUGUGCUCCUUGACUUUAAGUUGUCUUGGAACAGUUUGUAAGUAUUUUGUGUAUUUCUUUGUAUAUGAAAAGAAUAAAAAAGAAUAUGAUUCA